AUGCGUGCACCUUCCGAAGCCUGCAGUGAGACAGAGGAUGCGAAAGAUGAGCAGGAGGUGGACACCCAAGGACAGCCACACUGUCAGGGAUUGAGCCCCUUUUUCUCACGCAGCCGCAAGUCCAAGCUGGCCUCGCGACUGAAAACUUCUUACACCGGCUCACGCAUCGUCGAAGAUGAGGGUGGCCAGGCUGAGAAAAUUGACAGAGUUUGGCUCAGCAUCCGUCCCUGGGUAUGUUUGCAUGCUUUGGUCGCAAGGCAGCGAGCGCAUCCGAUCUGCAAUCCGGAGUGCGAGGAUUGGGAGGAAGAAGGGGCAUCAGAAAGAGCUGUACUGGCGCAUUCACGAAAGGAAGACACACCCACAGCCGACGAGUUUGCUUGGACCGCAGCUAUGGUUGUAUCAUUGCCGCCUGAAUGCCUGGCUCGGGCACUGGAGUUCAUCCAUGGAGAUGUCAGCAGCGUUUAUGCGCCUGAACCUCGAGUUCCCUAUGCCACACCCUUGUCGUCGGAAGUCAAGGCAGCUCAGGUGAGGAACUGGCAAUGCUGCAGAUACCUUCUCUCACAGCAGUCGUGCUUGCAUGGCCGCGUUGUUCAAUCAGGACGUUCCGGGCGGUCCUUGUCUGUGGCCUGCUGGUAUUGUACAGCCAAUUUUCCCCACGGUCUUGAAGGCGUUGAGCAACUCAAGGCUCAUGCAGAGGCCGCCCAUGCGCCGGAGAUCUUGGCGUAUAUUCGCAAGACCAGAAAGGUCAAAGCCCGAAGACAGCGGGAGCGGUACCAAGCCGGUCCCGGCGGCCAAGUGAGGAGGGAUUUGGAGCUACAGAAGCAGCUAGGUCUAACCGCAGACUUCACCGUGAAGUCAGAUCCAUAUCCCAGAAGAACGCUGGCAAAGAAGCUUUGCCAGGGCUUCGCGCUAAUCUUCUCUGGCAUUGGCGUGCUGUAUGGCAUAAUCCAGUGCUUCGCCGUCGAAGUCGGCGGCGAGUUCCUCGCUGCGGAACAAGCGGCCAGGGAGAUAGGAAUUCGAUGCGUUUGCAUAGACGUGGACCUGAACAGGUUUUGGAGUCGACUCGGGUGGGCGAUUCUGCCCCUGCCAGCUAACUUGCUCAACUCGCUCCUGUCAUGGCUAGCGUUUCCACGGCUUUUCUUUCAGUUCGUGUUCCCGCCGUUUGGCACGAUCGAUGUGCUCGGCAGCAUGGUUCUGCAUGGUCGAAGCCCCAGUCUUGCUACUGCGAAGGGCUCCCGAGGCGUCGAAUCUGAGGUCUGA